AUGUCUAUCCUUCUCACUGGUGGCAGCGGCAAGACCGCCCCCCGCGUUGCGGCAUUGCUCGCCGCUGACAAGAGACCUUAUCUCCUAGGCUCCCGUCAAGGCCCUAGUGCUGCGUCAAAUGGCCACCCCACCGUCAAAUUUGACAUGGGUGAUGAGUCGACCUGGACCAAGCCAUUUGAGACCACACCGAUCAAGGCCGUCUACAUGAUGGAGCCCCGGAUUGCCACGCCUUGGAUUCCCAUGAACAAGUUUGUGGAUCUUGCCAAGACCAAAGGUGUCAGUCGUUUCGUUCUAUGCGCCGGUAACUCGGCCCAAAUUGGCAAGGACGGUAUGGGCAGAGUUUGGGAGCAUCUGAUCGAGUCUGGUGUUGACUACUGCGUGCUUCGCCCGUCUUGGUUUAUGGAGAACUUGAUUGAAGAUGGACUGAAGUUCACCAUCGGCAAGAUGGGCAAGAUUUUCACCGCUGCUCAAGAUGGAGAGAUCCCCUUUAUUAGCGCAGAUGAUAUUGCCGAGGUGGCCUAUCACGCCCUGACGGAUGAGAAGUCGUAUAACUCUGACCUCAGCAUCCUCGGGCCUCAGAACUUGACUUACGAUCAGAUUGCCGAGAUCCUUACUAAAGUUCUCGGACGCAAGAUUGAGCACGUCAAGCAAGAUGAAGCGGGCCGUAUUGCGGGCCUGGUCCAGCACAACCUAUCAGAGUACUUUGCCCGAUUCCUGACUAACCUAGAGCUCUUGGCCUCCAAGAACUUCGAGAAGGGGACGUCGGAUGCCGUCGAGAGGGUGACAGGACACCCGCCCCUAAGCUUCGAGCAGUUCGCCGAGAAGAACAAGGCGGCCUGGUCGUAG